GGUAGAACAGGGGUGCAGGGCUGGGACAACCUCGGAGACCCCUGUGGCUUUGCUGCAGCAAGUCACCUCGAGGUCUCUCCUUGAGGACUGCGAGAGAAGUCUGGUUCAUAUACGUGAACACAAGGAAGAAACUCUUUGGAGGUUUCUCCUUUUCUUUUACUGAUUUUGUUAGAAAACAGUCGUCCCUGUUUAGAAGCCAGUCGAUCGCUCAGUGUCAUCACCCUGCCUGCUGGCUGGGCAGGGUAACUCCUCAGGUCACCACCCUCUCUAGGCUGCCUUGGGCUUGGAGAGGGAGGAGGAGGGCGAGGGACAGCUGGCAACCCUGAACAUCCACCAUCCAUCGCUCCAUCACCUACAGCAAGAUGUCCAGGCUCCUGAGGAUGUUCAGGAAAAAGGACUGUAGGUGGCCCCAGAGCCUGAGGGAAGCACCUGCCAUCUUCCCCUGGAGCAGAGCAGCCCCUCUGUCCCUGCUGGCGGGGAAGAAGCUCCCAGCCGGACCAGGAGGUGGAAGUGCCCAGCCUUCUGACAGAGGAAACCCGCUCCCAGCGCAGGCGCUGAGGCAGUGGCCAGGCCCCAAUAGAGCUGGCCCAGGAUGCAGCUGGGCAGGCAGGACCCAGCCCAGGAAGGAAGCCGGGCAGGAUGUCUCUGGGGCUUGUUGUGUGGACAGCACCAGCCCCAGGAGCCCAGCCCCGAUUCCCAGCAGGAGGCAUUGCCCUGUCCGGUCACUGAGGAUCUUCCAGGCUCCCCAGGGCAGGAGGUGGAGGAUCCCUGUCCCAGCACCAGCAGCUCGGCCCGCUCCCCAUGGGACAGCAGCAGCACCUGGGACUCAGGCAGCAGUGAGGCCGAUGGACGCCGCUGCUUUGUUCCAGGGACCCCCAGGGACUCAGAGGAUGAGGAGGAGGAAAGGGUGGAUAUGGCCACAGUGGCGGUUGCUCUCAAAAACAUCCAAGAGCAGCUCCAGGGCUGAAAAAAGGAUGAGGCCCAGCAGCUCAUGUUCCUGCACACCAUCCACCCCGUGUGUCUCGCUGCACAACAGAGAUGGCAGGACACAUUGGAGCCACACUGCUGCAAGGCAGCUGUGGUGGAGAGGAUUGUGGAGCUCAUUGAGGAGCUGCCUGAUAACUCUCCACCCGGCGGCGUCCUCGCUAACUCCCUGAUUGCUGUGGGCAACCUCAGCACCAUGACACCUGCCCUGGAGCCAGAGCUGGAGAAGCACCUCCUGCGAUCUGCCCUGCAUGCCAACUUCACCCUGGGCACGGAGAAGGACACCACCCAAGUCCAGGCUCUGCACAAGGUAUUGCCAGAACUCCUGGAUGCCAUGCUGGGGAACCUGCUGGCAGAGUCCCCAGACAUCAACAGGCUCCACUACAUCUUGGAACACAUCAACUUCUGGUUCAUGUCCAGAGUAUCCCAGAAGAGAGCCAGGGCCAUUAGGAGCAGCACGGCCCUGCUCAGAUCCACCAUCACUCUCUCUGAGUUUGACGGGGCUUUGGCUUUAGCUGCUGGGCCUGCGUGCCUAGAGAGAGGACUGCGGUAUUUCCAUCAGGCUGUUCAAUGGCAAAUGCAGCCAUCCACCGAAGUGAAGAAUGGAAGUGAAAGAGUAAAGCUGGACCAUCUGCUGAGCUGCUGCAAUCAAGUGAGCAGAGUCAGGGAGAGAAGAGAGAGAACUCGAAGGUGGCUGGCGGCUGUAGGGAGUAGAAACAGUUAAUGAUGAAUACUGCAGGCUUUGUCUUGUGUGGUUUACAAUGGGUCUCUUUACAGUGACUUAACUCUGUCAGGCUGGCCUUGUACUGGGCCUUAGUGGAUGGACUGGGCAAUGCCACUGGCCACACAUGGAGCACCUCUUCUCCCCACCUUUCCCAGGGUUUCUCAGUGGUGGGUUCCCUCACUUCUGGAUGUGGGUUUCGAUUUGGUCCUGAUCCCUGUCCUCUGAUGCCACUUCAUCCCUAUUAGAUUUUCUGUCAAACCCAGGGCAACACCCACAGACUGAUCUGCCUAUUUCCCAGUUAUAGCUACAUCUCUAAGAUUUCUGUCUAUCAACCGUGAUUUCAGAUGGGGAUGGCAGAGUUUAUAGAAUAGUUCUAUACCCAUUAAUUCAUAGGCCUCACUGACCGUGGUAACCCCCCAAGCAGUUCCCCAUUUUCUUACAUAACCCCUAAUUUGAGCUAAAACCUCAGCAUAGGUCAUGACUCCUUUUUUCUGCAGUCCCCAAAAGCACCUCCUAUACUCUUCAGGGAUCAGUAUAAACUUGUUUACAUCUCUCUUUCUGUCCAUAAGGGUGAAAAUGUCCAAAGCCUUUGUCCCUGACAGUAGUGGAACCAAGUACCAUACCAUGUUUUCCUUCCCUACCCUAUUUCAAAAGCAUUUAGAAACACAUCCAUGUUAUCCCCCUCCCUGAAGGGAGGAAGUAAUUUGGAAUCUGUGCCACCCACUGGGAUAGGUACCCUUGGGUCUGGCUUCACCUACCAGACUAUGGUUCUGCUGGCACAGUUUCUCCAGCUUGAACUGAUGGUGAUGCUCCUCUUCUCUCUUGUGGUGGCACUGGUGCACCUUCUUCUCUUUUUCAUGCUGGCACUAUUGCUCCUGGUCUGCAAGCUGCUGAAUUUCCAGAUGCAGUUGGUUCCUCUCCAGCUGUAUCCUCUGUUGGUUCACCUGUGGACCUUUCCUAGCUUCAGUGAUGCAUUUGGCUGGAUUGUUGCUACUUCUGUCAGCCUCUUGCCUGCUUCCCUCCAGGGAGUUGGAUCAAAACUUUUCCCCACCUGCUGGACACUCUGCCAGUGGGCUGGAUGUUGCCUGUGAAUCUGGACCAUCAUUCUUUUUCAGAUCCUCUGAGUAUAUAGCAAGUCUACUAGCUGUGUCUUUGUCAGUGUUGAGCUGCCUUCUCUGCAUAGUUCAACCAGCAGACCUUUCUUCAGUUAUUCAUAAUUCAGUUUUCCAGUCUCUCUUUUUGCUGUUCUGUUCCCAACAGGACUAUUGAGACUUUUGUUUGUGCUUUUUCUUUCUAAGGUACUUCCUUUCGCUGCUAUUGGCACUUAUGCAAUUGACACUGUUAUAGCUCCACAGACACUACCUCCUGUGUCACAGUUCAGGGCAACUGGACAUGUAUUCCCCCUCUGUGGUCCAGCAAGGACACCCACUUUCGGCUCCCAGCUCUUCAGCCAUUAAAUCUGUUGGUUGGAGAUGCAUGUCCCUCUCCUUCCUGAAUCCUGAUUGGGGUAUUUCCAGGCUGCACAGCUCUCUGCCUGCACCGUGAAUUCCCCAACAAGUAAGACUGCUAUAUGCUUUGGUUUUCUUCUCAGAUGCUAUAAACAGCAUGAUUGCCCAUAGUCAUAAGUUACCACACAGUCUUUUCUAUUCAAGCACAUUUAUUCUAGAAGUGUAAGCAUUAUUGAGAAAACAAUCAAAAUAAUAAAAGAAUCUACAGCCUGAUAGGAGGAUUUUUGGCUGCUCUAUUUUGUUUCCUAAGCACAGCACUAAAAACCACGGCCUUGCCACCAUUAUCUGUACCUAAGGAAAAAAUAAAAAUAAAGUUGGUUAAAUUGGUAAGAAAUAGGGGUGGCACCAAUAGAUCAUGACACUAGGGUAUUUAAGUUAAUAAACAAAUCUAUAUUAGAGAAAUAAGAUUGUGGUUUUUAGUUUAGGAAGUUUAAGGUAUAAGAAUUAAAAGUGCAAUCAAAUUGGCACACGGCUAACAAUAAUGGAAAAAAAGGGUCACUGAGCAGUUUUGAGCCAGGUGACCAAUAACCAGGGCCGGCUCCAGGCACCAGCAUUCCAAGCUGGUGCUUGGGGCGGCAAUCUUCAAGGGGCGGCAGUCCCUGUUGUUUUGCCCCCAGCA